GCGAGUUGAUCUCGUUUCAAACGAUUGACAUGUUAUCUUGCAGACUUUAUUUAAAAUGUGGUUUUGCUUGAUAAUGUCAGGUUUUUUUUGAUACAGGGAAACGAAAGCUGAUUUUACGUCGCUUGUGGCUGGAGUUUUGUGUUGCGUUGUGGCUCUGCAGGCUGGAAGUUUCCGAGGAGAUUUAAGGGAGGUGCGCUGGCGCCGAGGCUGCUUCCCUUUGGCGUUCUCGGUGGAAAUUUAACUCCAGCUUGGGGGAGCUGUCACUGAAACCGAGCGGAUUCCCGGACCGGGAGCGCAAACAGCGGCGGGCGCGGGACUGGCGGGACACCACGGGGAAGAUCGCAACAGCAGAAAAGUUUAUUUCAACCAAGAGUGGGGAGGGAGGGGGGGGGGACUGAGAAAUAACCUCAAGUGACCCUGAAAUUGCAAGGCGAGCAAGGGGUUGAAAUAGCAAGGGAACCACAAAGGAUGGCCAAGGACCACCUGAAACCCCGCUUGUGCCAUAUGAUAAAAGGGGAGAAUGGCUACGGUUUCCACUUGCAUGGGGAGAAGGGUAAAAACGGCCAGUACAUCCGGAAAGUGGAGCCCGGUUCGGCGGCGGAGGCAGCGGGUCUGUGCGCCGGGGACCGGGUAGUCGAAGUCAACGGCGAGAACGUGGAGAAGGAAACACACAGCCAGGUUGUGCAACGGAUCAAGGCACUGGAGAAUGAGACAAGAUUGCUGGUGGUGGAUAAGGAGACAGAUGAAUACCUGCAUAAUGAGCGCGUCACUGGUACAGAGGACUAUGGCCAGAACCUGCCCCCAGAUAAGACCAAGGACAAUGGUGAAGUGUGGAAACAGCAAGUAAUUCUGAGCAGUGAGGAGACUAUAAGAUUAUCCAACAGGUCCAUUGAUAGCAACAAAAAGGAAGUCAAUGGACAAACCAAAGAACUGUGCCCUCGGCUGUGCUGCAUGAAGAAGUGCCAAAAUGGCUAUGGCUUUAACCUUCACAGUGAGAAAGCGAAGCCAGGGCAGUACAUCCGAUCGGUUGAUCCAGACUCCUGCGCCGCUAAAGCUGGCCUGCGGGCUCAGGACAGAGUUGUGGAGGUGAAUGGUGUGAAUAUUGAAGGGAAGAAGCAUAGUGAAGUUGUAGCUUGUAUCAAAGCCUGUGAGGAAGAGGCCAGGCUGUUGGUGGUGGAUCCAGAAACAGAUCAGUACUUCAAGAAACUGGGAAUAACUCCAACUGAAUCACAUCUGAAAGGGCCUUUGCCACAGCCACUGGCAAAUGGAUCUCCACGGACACUGAUGAAAGGAGACCUAGACAAUGAUCCGUUUGCAGAGAGUGGAUUGAAUUUAAGUCCCACAGCGGCUGAAACCAGAGAGAAAAUGCAAGCUAAGCGCAAGAACAAGAGGGCGCCUCCGAUGGACUGGAACAAGAAGCAUGAAAUUUUCAGCAACUUUUAAGCUGAAUGGAUUGUCCCAUUGAACUCUUCAGUUCCCCUGACCUUCAGGCAGAGUUAACAUCUUCACUCCAUUGAUAUUCAUUUCCUCUCCACAUCUGGUGUGGCAGAGGGAAAAAAAAUGCCCGUUAAUAUGAUUAUUAAAAGACUGUGACCAAAGCUUUACCUUUUCUCAUGCCAGCUGCUUAUUUGCUUUGUGCUUAAAGUAUAUCUUAAAUAAGAUUUGUCGUAGCGUAGUUUUAAUCGGGCUAGUGAACAGAAAUUUUUCCACCAGCUUUUUUUUUGUCUUAAUUUUUUUUUACUUGAGCUGAGUUUUGAUACUACAAUCAGCCUUCAUUACAGGACAGAAUAACUGGAUUAUUUAGACAAGAGCCGUAGUUACUUUCUGAAAUAGAAUUUGUCUUUUGUGAAAUCUUGAGUAUGAUUUACUUGUUUGGCCUAAUAACCUACAGGCUACCAAUCCUUUCACUCAAGCACCAUGUCUCAAGUAUUUCCAGAGCUGCCUGGCUAAAAAUGUCUUAGCUUAUCUGGUCUUGUCUUUUUACACUGUCAUGGGUUAGUUUCACCAGCUGGUGGUUGAAAUACAAAGUCUUAUUAGAUCUAAUGGCAAUUACAAAAUGUGAGGUGGGUAAGAGGGGAGGCAAGAACAGGCAUAAUGUUCCUUAUCAUUACAGCCUCAAUGUAAUACAAUGUAUAGAGGAAGCAUUUUACUGCACAUCAGGAAUGGCUUAACUUUUUUGUAUGGUAACUGCUGUUGUAAGCAGCAUUGAAAAUAUUUUAACAUUUUCCCCUCCAUGCAACAUUUUCACCAGAUUUAUACUGAGCGUUUGCUUAGUAACUGAUUACUGAGUUAUUUCAAGCAGUAAAAUUUGGGAGAUAAUAAUGGAGAUUAAAUAUUGGCUUCUCACAUAUUGGCACAUCACUGUUUUUGAGUUGGGGAGAGAGAAGUUGCAUUUAAUGCUGUCACUGGUUAGCUAUUAAUAAACACAUGCUUCACAAUAUAUUUAAACCGACUGAUAGUAUAAAAAUAAGGAGUUUUUAAGUUUUAUUGACAAAGGGUAAUGAUUGUGGCACUAACCAAAAACUGUAACAUUCAGCCAGUAUUCAAUUUGGUCCCUUUUUAAAAAUAUAUUAAUGCAAUCUAUUUAAACAGUGUAUUCAAGGCUUCCUGCAGGUCUGUGCUCUAAUGAGCUGAAGGGAGUUGGGAAAAAUAGGUUGUGAUUGUCAAAGAUGGAUUUCCUGCAUUGAUUGAGAAUUGUAAAGGGUAGUGGGUCAGUACCUUCUGAGAAUGCUUUAGUUUCUGACCAGCUCCUAUUCAUACUAAUUUUCUCUACAUUCCUGUUUAAUAUUUUCCAGUCCUGAAUUCUGAGAGUGAAAUCAUUAACUUUGUCGUUUGCCUGUAUGUUCUAGUUGCAAGACUUUCGCAGCAGUCUGCAAUUCUUGGAUAAUAUUUUUGUUGCUAUCCUCAGCUCUUAACUUUUGCGUCCUGCGACACACAAUGGCUCUCUAUUUCCAAUUAUUUUAAUUAACCUUAUUCACACAAGGCCAAAAUCUAGGUGCCACAUUUUGAAUAGCUUCUACUUAUUCAAGGUUAGAAUAACUAGAAGCAUUGCAUAGGGGGCUAAUGGAGGAGUCUGUAACACUGUUUGGAAUUCACAUGGAUCUUGUAAGUUUUGAACUGAAAAGUGCACGAACUUUCAACAAAUCUUUGACAUAUAAAUCCAGAAAAUGCUGAAAACACUCAGGUCAGGGAGCAUCUGUGGAGAGAGAAAUGGAGUUUACGUUUUAACUCGAUGACUUUUUCACUAGAUCAUUUCAUUCAACCCUGACUAUAGAUUAUUGACCUGAAGCUUUUAACUCUCUCUUUCCAGAGAUGCUGCCUGGCCUACUAGGUGCUUUCCAGCAGUUUUAAAAAAAAUGUUUAUUCCCAGCAUCCAAGGAUUUUUAUGUUGAUAUAAUACUAGUUUGAAAUGCUGGACACAAGAAAGGGCUUGAAAACAGAAGUUUCUAUAAAGGAAGAUGAUUGUGGGCAGGUAGGCAGCAGCAAGAGGUAGAUUGUGUUAAUCAGCGUGACAACCAUCUAUGUGGAUAGGAACUGAAUAAUCUUUGCUUUCUAGCUGAAGACUUUGCAGUCAAUAAUGCAAGAUAAAUAGCUACUUGAAGGAAAGCAUGUAAACAUUUAUAUAAACAGGCAAAUUUCUGAUACCAGUGAUUUGUGCAGUCAUUAUGCCUUGUACUUCUGAGAAUCUAGUUUGAAAAUAUCAUAAGCACAUUUCAGUAACUUGUAUAAUACUCUGUCUUCUGUGUAUACUGUACUGUAUAUUGUUAAUAAAUGUAUUUCAGCAUGACAAA